AGAAAACACCGUCAUCAUCUUCUCACAAGCAAUCGAUGUUUGAGACGAGUCCAAGACCGAACAAGCGUGCCCGUCUGUCUCCUUCGCCUACCAUGUCGAAUUCUGCUCCAGUCGACGAUGUAGACGACAUCUACGGCACUCCAUCUGCCAACAACACUCCAGCUCUCCAGACGGCCCAAGCAACCAGCUACAUCGAUGCGAAGCAACAACCCUCAGUUCACUCUCCCAGCGCCGGCAUCCCUGGUCUGGGCUCUUUUCCUCCCGCCGCUCCUCUGAUCAUCUCCCAACCCCAACCCGAUCAAGUCCAACACGCCGCACAAGUUAAGACUGAAGAGAAGGAAGACAAGGUCACCGAAGCUGCUAUCGAACAACCUGCCACCGCCGCUGCCGAAGAUGCCGCACCCAUCGUCGCCCAAGCCGCCAUUCCCGAUGCUACCUCGGCACUCUUUGACGCUCUUGGUAACAAUGACGAACUGAACAAGAACCUUCCUGCCCACGCCGCCGGCGAGCCCGAACCCACCUCUUCAUCUACCCUCGCUGCCGAGCCCGCUGCUGCCGAGCCCGUUGCCGCCUCGACGUCAACAAAGCCUCCCAUUGAUCGGGAGUUCAUCGAAGCUGCUCAGGCGCAAAAAGGUGCCGAGGGUGCUGAAUGGCAAUACGACACAUCUGACGCAGAGUCCUCGGACGAUUCUUCCAGUGAUGACUCCUCCAGCGAUGAGGAUGAUAGUGACGAUGAAGAUUACCCGCUGCUUGACCCCGCCACUGCCGCCAGGAUGCUCAUGGACGAGGGUGGUGCCGACGAUGAGGAUGGUGGUAACAAGGCUGCUGGUGGAGGCCACCUUCGCACCAAGAACGAGCUGCCAGAAGAGAUCGUCCCUAAGCCCGAUGUCACUGUCACCCCCGAUAUGAAGAUCACACCCCUGGGUGCCGUUCAGCACGUUGUCGAACACAUGAUUCUCAUCAAAGCCUUCACGUCUGGAGAGUACCAGGUACUCGAGUCUGGUUCUGUCUUGUGCUUGGAGAACCGCGAGGUCAUCGGCAUCGUUGCUGAUCUUAUUGGCAGGGUCGAGGAACCCUUGUACUCUGUUGCUUUUACCAGACCUUCGGAUAUCUCAGAUCUCGGCAUCGCAACAAACACGAAGAUCUUUUAUGUCGACGAUCACUCCACAUACGUUUUCACCCAACCUUUGAAGAACAUGAAGGGUACUGACGCCUCUAAUCUGCACGACGAGGAGGUCGCAGAUGAAGAGAUGGAGUUCUCUGACGACGAGGCCGAGGCCGCCUACAAGAGAGCCAAAAAGGAAGCAAAGAAGGGCGCAAGAGCUGCCCGCGACCAGCCUAGUCAGGGUCCCGCUGCUGCAACAGCAAAGCCCUACACUGGUGGUGCCAUGAACUACGACGAUGAGCCUGAAGCUGAGGAUAUGUACACUCCUCUUGCCCGUCCUGAUAACCUUCAAGACAUGAUGGUGAACGCACCGCCAGCUCGCCGCCAGUUUGCCGAACGCGGUGGUAGAGGACGUGGUAGAGGCCGUGGAGGAGACAGAGGCCGUGGAGAUCGUGGCAGAGGCGGUCGUGGUGGUCGCGGCGGAGCUGACAGCGCAAACCAGCGCAAGGGCCCGUCCAACUCAUACCCUGACACACACAACGCUGGUGCGCAAUCAUACACCCAGCAAUCUCUCCCGCAAAAGCCUGCCGUGCCCCAGCAAAUGCAGCAGAUGCAGCAGAUGCCGCAGAUGCAACAGAUGUGGAACCAGGUCCAGCCGCAGAUGAACGCACCAUUUGGAUUCCCCCAGUUCAACCAGCAGCAGUUCCCCCCUCCACCUCCUGUCCCUCAAACUCAGUCGCCUUUCCAGAACAUGCAGUUCGGAUGGCCACCUAACCCUCAAUUCUUCAAUCAGGGUCAGCAACAGCAGCCUUACCAGUUCCCUGGAACAUCUGCAGGAACAUACUUCAACCCAGCAUUCUUCCAGCAACAACAGCAGCAGCAGCAGCAGCAAGCCCCCCCAGCACCUGCUCAAUCUGCCCCUCAGCCUCCUCCUUCAGCUGAGCAGAUCCAGAAUGCCGCCGAUCUCUUCCGCAGGCUCCAAGAGCAACAGCAGCAGCAGCAGCAGCAACAGUAGUAUGGUUGGUAGCCGUCUGUAGCACGAGUCCAUGGUAGGACACUUUCAAUACCAAGAAAACUACCAUAUCGUACCCAUAAUACCAAGAAGUUCACGAUAAUCAUCCAUUCUUCUCUUAUCACCAGGGCGCAGCAAUUAAUAGCGGUUGUGAAUCAUGUUGUUUGUCGCAGGAAUCUGUUGAGGCUUGGAAGGAUGAAACCCAAGAUGUUGGUCAACCAGAAAAUAGGAGAAGAUGGAAAGGGGAAAAGAACAGUUUCGUAAGUCGCUUCAGAUUCACCGAAGAUCGGCAUGUAGAUAGAGAAGUGGAAGGCC